GUUUUAUCUGAUGUGUUUAACGCUCCGGUUUACACCAUCGAUCUGUCCAACUCCGCCUGUCUGGGGUCGGCCUACAGAGCUCUGCACGGCCUCGCUGCAGAAUCCGGAGUUUCCUUCUGUGAUGUGGUGAAGAAAGCGCCGGAUCCACAACUGGUCGCCACCCCCCAUCCUACAGCACAGGAGGUGUACGGCAGCAUGCUGAAGCGCUACGCCCGAUUGGAGGAGAGAGUCCUGCAGGAGACCCGCCCCUGAUCGGUGGCCGCUGCCGCCACCGAUCAGCUCUGAGGAGGAAGCAGAAUAAUAAUGAAUCAGCCAAUAAAAUAGUGAAUAUGAUUAUGAAUAUAAUAAUUCCAAUCAAUCACUGAACUCAACUUCCCCACUAGAUGGCACUAAAUCCUACAGACUGCUCCUGUAAGCUCCCCUGCCUCUCUCCGCUCCGACCCCCCCACAUCCAACAGCACAGAGCAGCUCACACUAACAGGAAGUCAGACACAGACAAAGGUCAAUUUUCAGAAUAAAAUACUGUGUGGAAACUCUACAUCAACAUUGUGGCACCAGACAGGAAGUCAGUCAGAGGAGAUGUGAACGUUUGUUUCCUGUUUAAGGACAAAAUACACAAGUAAACAACGUCGGACAGAAAGAUCUCAGUGGAUCACGGAGCCGAGCCACGACAUGACGCAGACACAACGCCGUAAAGGCGUGUCCGGUGGCAGCGGUCCUCACAAAAACAUGAAGUGAGGUUCUGAGGUUGUUUUUUUUUAUGUAUAAUGUGAUGAAAACCUCGUUGGUUGUUUCCUUUCUCGUCAGUUAGACUCAAGAACAGAAACUCACAUCAGAACAAACUGCAGGAAGAAAUGUGAUUAAAACUAAUUAAUAAAACUAUUUCA